GUGUCGACAGACGGUCAUUCGUCGAGUGAAUUUAAUAGGAUACGGAAGUCUAGAAUAUGUAUUUAUUUUUAAUAAUAAUAUUAUUGAUAAUUAUUUGUUUAUUGCUUAUCGGUCUUCAUCAGAAGAACACGAAUUCGAUAUGUCGUGCAAGGACGAGGUUGGAUGGAAAAACUGCUAUCAUAACCGGCGGGACAUUGGGCAUGGGUCUGAAUGUAGCCACCGACUUCGCCGAUCGUGGAGCGCGCGUCAUCAUCGCAUGCCCCUUCGAACCUGAAGGAAGGAACGCCCAGAGGCUCAUCGAAGAAGAGACGGGAAAUAAACAAAUUAUAUUUAAAUUGCUCGACCUGUCGUCGUUUAAGUCGGUGCGAGAUUUUGCCGCUGACAUACUUAAUAGGGAAGAUAGACUGGACAUUUUAGUGAACAAUGCAGGCGUCGGCUACCUAGAAGACGAUGUGACCAAAGAUGGACUAAAUGUGAUUUUGCAAAUUAAUUACUACGGACAUUUUCUUUUAACUUUGUUACUGCUGCCCCUUCUCAAACGAACCGGCACUAAGUCGGAACCCGCCAGAGUAGUGAACGUGUCGUCGCUACUACACUACUUGGGCACUAUGAAUGCAUGUUACAUAAAACGCUCCAAGGUGUUGCACGCGCUGCAACUGUAUUCAGACAGCAAAUUUUUCUUAAUGGUAUUUACACGCGAGCUAUCAAAGAAAUUGAGUGAAUCUAACGUUGUCGUGAAUUGCGUGGAUCCGGGCGCUGUUGGGACGGAGAUAUUCUACAGUAUAGGAUGUGUGUGGGGGCCUCUCAUCAAAUGCUUCUUCUCCACGAUCUUCAAGACACCCUGGGAAGGAGCACAGACUACGAUUCACGUGGCUCUGGAUAAGAAGGCUGGCACUAUAAGUGGUCAAAUGUUCAAAAACUGUCAAGUGUCACAUGCAAAACAAUCGGCCUUUAGUGAAAUAAACCGUAAACGGUUGUGGGACGACUCUAUUAAGCUCGUCAAACUCACUGAAGCGGAACAUCAACAGUGUCUGUACACAUGAAACAAGUGAAUCCUACCUCAUACUUACGAUUUCUGUUAAGGUACAUGAAAAAUAUUAUUUUAGCUUCCUCCCACGAAACUUGACUUGUGAUCUUUAAAUAUUUGUGGACCGGUUUUUUUUUAAGUAAUAUUUAGUAUACGAUAACAUAUUUUAUAAAUUAAUAUACCUAUAAAAAUAUUCAAAACAACA